CCGUGGGAGGCGCUUACAGUAUCACGGGACCAUGAAACAGAAAGCAAACUUGACGAGGAAAUUAAAAUAAAGGAGAAUCUGCCUCGCGAGCCGCGUCGUCGUCUCUCCGCCUGAAAUAAACUCCUGUUCGGACUUCACCGGGUCGCCAUGUCGAGGAGCUCCAGCCUGAAGAUGAGCCGAGCGAACGCUGCGAAGGUGGAGAGCUUCCAGCAGAGCCUGAACCAUGAGGCAGAGAACCUGUUCUCCAGCUACAUCCCGCAGAGGAUCGCCCAGCUGGACGCUCUGCUGAAGGACGCUGCGUUCAGCAUCACGGACAUGUCCUCCAUCAAGGCUCCUCUGGACAUCCCCAUCCCGGACCCUCCGUGCACAGAUGAGGAGGAAAUGGAGACGGACAAGAGCAGCGAUGAAGAGAAGAAAAAGAAGAAAGCUCCUAAGUGCGGCUACAUCGAGGGCAACCAGAAGAUCCUGGUGCUGCUGGAGAAGGUGAAGCCGGAGAUCGUCGCCCUGAGGGAGACCAUCAUCACCGUCUCCAGCUGGAUUCAGCACCUCAUCCCCAAGAUAGAAGAUGGGAACGACUUCGGGGUCGCCGUCCAGGAGAAGAUCCUGGAGCGAAUCGUUGCAGUGAGGACCAAGGUGGAAGCUUUCCAGACCAACAUCAACAAGUACUUCUCAGAGAGGGGAGAUGCUGUUGGAAAAGCCUCCAAGGAGACUCAUGUGAUGGACUACCGCUCGCUGGUCCACGAGAAGGACCAGUCCAUCUACCACGAGGUCCGAGUCGUGGUCCUCGACAUCCGCGGCUUCCACGCCGAACUGUACGACAUCGUCAGCAAGAAUCUGGAUAAGGUGACCAAUCCGAAAGGAGAGGAGAAACCCCCCAUGUACUGAGGCAGAUAUCAAUAAUCAAUAAUCGCCAUCAAUCAUGCUGUGUGGGGGGGACUCGAUUCUUCUAAAAGAAUAACUGUGAAAGUUAUUUAUCUCUGGGGGUGUUUGAUGACACUUUGGUUUUUUCUACUGACACCUGCAUUAAUUUAAGUUGUGCAACUCUGGGGUUUUAAGAGAAAUUAAUAAAGAAAAAACGCUUUCUUUGUUCCUUUAAA